AGACCGCAUCGCCGUCGCAGCUUGCAAUCUCCCAUCCCCCGCCCAAAUCCACCUCCGAUCUCCCCGCGCCCGGCAACGAUGGCCCGCACGAAGCAGACGGCGCGCAAGUCGACGGGCGGCAAGGCGCCGCGGAAGCAGCUGGCGACGAAGGCGGCGCGGAAGUCGGCCCCAGCCACCGGCGGCGUGAAGAAGCCGCACCGGUUCCGGCCGGGCACGGUGGCGCUGCGUGAGAUCCGCAAGUACCAGAAGAGCACGGAGCUGCUGAUCCGGAAGCUGCCGUUCCAGCGGCUGGUGCGGGAGAUCGCGCAGGACUUCAAGACGGACCUCCGGUUCCAGUCCUCCGCCGUGGCGGCGCUGCAGGAGGCCGCCGAGGCCUACCUCGUGGGGCUCUUCGAGGACACCAAUCUCUGCGCCAUCCACGCCAAGCGCGUCACCAUCAUGCCCAAGGACAUCCAGCUCGCCCGCCGCAUCAGGGGCGAGAGGGCCUGAGCUUCCGCUCUCUGUUGCUCUUCCUUGGCCUUUCUGGUUCUGCAGUGCUAAGAACUACUUGUAGUAGAUGGGCCGGACCACUCGUUCCUUGCAGUGUGCUGUCGUGUAGGAAUGGUAAUGUUCUGGAUAUGUUGGGUCUUGAUGCAAUGCAACGCAGUGUGAUUGUCGCUUCUGGUUCUUGUUUAUUGCAAAGGCUGCAGUGUGUGAUAUUGUGAUGUGUCUGUUCUUUCUACUACUAAGAAUGUGACUGUUACUAUUAAUGCA